GAUGGUCAGACUCGAGGAGACAACAGACGAGUACUUCCAGAAGGCACAGGCGGCCGAGGAUGCAGACGAGUGGCAGGAUGACGACGAAUCGGACUUUAGCGACGAGUCAGAGGAUGAAAAGACAAUACACGAGGAGACCUUGCUUGAGCGCAUCUACGCGCUGCGAGACAUCGUACCGCCGUCGACACGAAACUCGAUUAGCUCGACAGUGAGCACCGCCACCAACUAUGCUUUCGCCGGCGGGUCGAUCUUUGGGCGCCUCGCAUGGGUCAUCACGACAAGCGCGCUUCUCGUCGGUCUUCCAUUUGCCCUGGCGGUCGAAGAUGAGGCGCGACUGACACAGCAGGAGCGGGAAUUUCAAGCGCAACAGAGCGGCGCUAGCAUGCUUGGAGGUGGUUCGAGCCCGUACGCCCCGCAACAACCUGGGCAGCCACAAGCGGGAGGACAACAGGCUCCGCAAGGAUUGCGACCACCAGGCUUCUGAUUCGUAUCGCCGGUGCACAUGCUCUCUUCAUCAGCUUAUCAACUCGCGACACAUGUACAUUAGCGCAAAAGGGGACUACUACCGUCCCUGCCAUGCAUCUCAAUGCAAUGCACCCCUCGUUCACUGUCUGU